ACUGCUGCUGCUGGAGAAAUGGGGGAGUACGGAGUCGUGCCAGGCCAGCGCGUGGCCAUCAUCUGGGACAGCUCCUCGCCGGUUGAAGCACUGAAGGAUUUGGUGGAUAAAAUUCAGGCGCUGGUGGGAGCUGAUAAUCGUGUCUCUGUGGAAAACGUUAACCAGCUGUCUCAAUCGGCUCACAGGGAGUCCAGUUUUGAUGUAAUUCUCUCUGGCGUGGUACCAGGCAGUACUGCGCAGCACAGUGCAGAGGUACUGGCAGAAAUAGCUCGGAUACUUAAGCCGGGGGGCCGUGUCCUCCUGAAAGAACCAGUGGUUACAGAAUCAGGAAACAACAGCAGAAUCAAAACAGCAGCCAAACUCCCCACAGCUCUGACUCUCUCUGGGUUGGUGGAAGUGAAGGAGCUGCAAAAGGAAGCAUUGACCCCAGAAGAGGCCCAGUCGGUCCAAGAGCAUUUGGGUUACCAAGGCAAUGACCUUGUCAUUGUCCAGAUAGAAGGCAGGAAGCCCAAUUUCGAAGUGGGAUCCUCAAGUCAGCUCAAAAUUUCCUUUGCCAAGAAACCUGGUCCUUCAGGAAAACCCUCUGUGGACCCAGCCACUGCCAAGCUGUGGACGCUCUCUGCCAAUGAUAUGAAUGAUGAAGAAAUGGAUCUUCUGGACUCUGAUGAGCUGUUGGAUUCAGAGGAUUUGAAAAAGCCAGAUCCAUCUUCCCUCAGAGCUCCAUCCUGCAAAGAAAUGGGCAAAAAGAAAGCCUGCAAGAACUGCACAUGUGGCCUGGCUGAGGAGCUGGAACAGGAGAAGAAGAGCUCACAGCCCAAAUCUGCCUGUGGAAAUUGCUACCUGGGGGAUGCGUUCCGCUGUGCCAGCUGCCCUUACCUGGGGAUGCCCGCCUUCAAGCCUGGGGAGAAGAUUCUCCUGAAAGAGAACCAGCUGCAUGAUGCUUAACAAAGACGUCUCUGGACGUCCUGCAAAGGACUCCUCUGCUUUUCCGUCAGUCUGAGGUUGUUCCUGCAGUCCCCCUUAUCCUCUCAGACUCAUGUUCUCCGGCCAAUACUCCUUGUGGGGAGGGACACUGUGGGCACUGACACUGCUGUGAGCUCAUCAUUUGUAAUCAACCUUGGGCUGCCUGAUAAUUUUUGGUGACAAGUGGUCUCGUAUGUAUUAGACUUCAUGUUAUGCCUUGGUUUAGCUGGCUUGACUCGAUACUGGGACGCUGGCUGGCACAGCACGUCCCACCAGCAGAGGGAAGUAGAAUCAAGUGUCAGGCUGGACAUGUGCGUGUGGCAGGACUGCUACUUCCCCAUGCCCCUGUCGUAUAGCUCUAAUUUGCCCUGAUUUUCCCUGAUUAAUCAGCAGCGCUGGCUCAGCUCUCAAGAUGACACUGGGCUCCUGCUGUCUGUGAAAUCUGAACCUGCUCUCUUUGAAAUGUGAACCUGCAGUUCCUUACCACGUGAAGGUGGCUCAGCAGCUCCUGUUGCAAGUCAGGAGCAGUGAGUACACUUAGCAGUAUGUACUCUUACCUGUGUA